AUGAUCUUGACCCCGGGCGGCCUCUUGCACACGGACCACGGUGGGGACAAGUCGUGGCCACCUGCUGAGGAGCCAGGAUCCCGGGGCGCCGUCCACCCCUGGGUCGGUCUGUGCGCCCAGCGUCCCAUGGAGCUGCCGGCGACCAACGCCAGCUGUGAGAACGGCUCCCUGAUUGCCACAUACUGCUCCUCCCAACAAGUCCUGUGCCAGAUCGUGGGUGACUUCAACCCUGAAGAAACACCCAACAAUGGCACUUUUCACAGCUGGCAAGAGAAGUUUAAGCAGAACUAUGGUUUCUACGUUGGACUGGGCCUGGCCUUCCUGUCCUGCUUCCUCAUCGGCAGUAGUGUCAUCCUCAAGAAGAAAGGCCUGAUGCGGCUGGUGGCCUCAGGGGCCACGCGGGCUGUGGAAGGAGGUUAUGGCUACCUGAAGGAUGGAAUGUGGUGGGCUGGAUUCCUCACCAUGGCUGCUGGAGAAGUUGCUAACUUUGGGGCCUACGCAUUUGCUCCUGCGACAGUUGUCACGCCUCUAGGAGCCCUGAGUGUCCUCAUAAGUGCUAUCCUCUCAUCCUACUUCUUGGGAGAGACUCUGAAUCUGCUGGGGAAGCUGGGCUGUGUCAUCUGUGUGGCCGGCAGCACCGUGAUGGUCAUACACGCCCCCGAGGAAGAGAAGAUCACCACUGUCAUUGAGAUGGCUUCCAAGAUGAAAGACACAGGGUACAUCGUGUUUGCUGUGCUGAUGCUGGUGUUUUGCCUCAUCCUCAUCUUCGUCAUUGCCCCGCGUUAUGGGAAGAGGAAUAUCCUGGUUUACAUCAUCAUCUGCUCUGUGAUUGGGUCCUUCUCUGUGUCUGCAGUCAAGGGCCUGGGCAUCACCAUUAAGAACUUCUUCCAAGGGUUGCCAGUUGUGCGGCACCCCCUCCCCUACAUUCUGUCCCUCAUCCUGGCACUUUCACUCAGCACUCAGGUCAACUUUCUCAACCGGGCGCUGGACAUUUUCAACACGUCACUGGUGUUCCCCAUAUACUAUGUGUUCUUCACCACAGUGGUGGUUACCUCCUCCAUUAUCCUGUUUAAGGAGUGGCACAGCAUGUCUGCCGUGGACAUUGUGGGCACCCUCUCUGGCUUUAUCACCAUCAUCCUGGGUGUGUUUAUGCUUCAUGCAUUCAAAGAUCUGGAUAUCAGCUCAGCCAACUUGCCUCACAUGCACAAGAAACCAGCCCCAACCGCAUCGCCCUCUCCAGAGCCCACUGUCAUUAAAUUGGAAGAUAAGAAUGUUCUUGUGAACAAUAUGGAACUCGCCAGCACCCCGUCUCCAGAAGAGAAGCCCAAAGUAUUCAUAAUCCAGUCUUAA